UGCCCCCGAGGUGAGCGCUUCCCCGAGGCUCGACUCCGAGGCGCUGCCGCCCGCCCCGCCGGCCACCGCCCAGGCGCACCGCUGGCAACCAGAGAAUCAACGCCGCCUCCCCGCCUCCAGCCCCGCCCCGUGCUCCGGCGGGGCGGGGGGACGCCGUGGCGCGGUUUUCGGAGCGGGCGCCAUGCGGAGUCGCGCGGAGGUGGACGUUACGCUGCAGACGGCGAAACUGAACCCGGCGGAGCUGUUACCGACCGUCCACUGCCUCAGCUUCGGUCCGCAGGCCGCCGCCGGCGGGUGCUGCCUGCUGCAGCUGGAGCCGGGCCUCUGCGCCGAGCUGGAGGCGGGACGCAGCCUGGUAAUCCGUGGUGAAAAGGAUGAACAAGCAGUGUUGUGCAGCAAAGAUAAAACUUACGACAUGAAGAUAGCAGAUACCUCAAAUAUGCUGCUGUUUAUUCCUGGUUGCAAAACUCCAGAAGAGCUGAAUGCAGACCAAGUAUCUUGUAAUAUUAUUCAUUCAGAGAUUGCUGGCUUCUCCAAAAACUAUUGGGAAUUAAGGAGAUGUCGACCUAAACUGAAGAAACUGAGGAAGCUUUUAAUGGAAGAUCCAUAUGAAGGGCCAGAUAGUCGGAAAGAUCAGGCUUUGACAUUUUCAAAGUAUACAACAGAAGAUUUGUUAAGUCUGAUUCAAGCAAGUGAAGAAGAAAUACUGCACCAAUUACAGGCUAUCGAUGCCUGCAAAAUUGAAGGAUACUGGAGAAUUCUAGAAUUUGACUAUGAGAUGAAACUCUUGAAUCAUGUGACUCAGCUAAUAGACUCAGAGUCCUGGUCUUUAAGUAAGGUUCCUUUACGUACCUGCCUUGAGGAACUUGGAUCUUUAGAGCCCACAGAGAUGAUAGAACAUAUUCUUUUAAGCUAUGGAAGGAAAUACAUUGAUGAUGGGGAGGUUUACUUUGAAAUGCAUGAAGAUAAAAUAUGCAGAGCUAUAGCACAAAUGCUGCUGCAAAAUGCAGUUAAGUUCAAUCUAUCAGAGUUUCAAGAAGUCUGGCAACAAAGCGUCCCUGAAGGGAUGACAACAAGGCUUGAUCAGCUGAAGGGCGUGGCUCUUGUGGAUAAAAGCUCAAGACCAGACACCAUCUUUCUGCUAAAAGUAGAAGACUUACCUGAAGACAAUCAGGAAAGAUUCAACAGCUUAUUCAGCAUACGGGAAAAGUGGACAGAAGUGGAUAUUACCCCUUAUAUACAAGACCUAUGUGCAGAGAAGCAGACAGUUGGUGCUCUUCUGACAAAAUACGCUCGCUCCUCCAUGCAGAAUGGUGUUAAAGUUUAUAAUUCUAGAAGACCCAUCUCAUAACAAGUGUUGUUUUAAGAACUGAGAACACCAAGUGGAGUAACAGUGAAUAUUGCUUGUUGCUGCCUUCUGGGGAAAGGAGUUGUCAACCAAUAUUGUACACUGGAGUUUAAGCAGCUAAGCUUCUUGAAUGAGGUCUGUUUUCUGCUCAGCUAAGUAGAAGCUGAGGGCACUUGCUUCUGCUAAGAAACUAUAGUGUCAGCAGGCUUUGCCUGCCUUCCUUUGCCCAUCUUCCUUUUCCUUUCUGUCUGUAGUUAUGCCAGGACGCAAGAUACUUCUUGAAUAAACUUAAUCUGUCUACCCAUAAACUGAAGUCUGACAUUAAAUAUUAAAACCUCCUUGAUAAUAAUUGAA